AUGGGUAUUGUGAAAACUAAGGGGCUGGCACGGAGUUAUGUGUGGUGGCCGAACAUCGAUGCGGAUGUGGAAGCGCUAUGCCGAAGCUGCGAGACCUGCGCCUCUGAGGCGGACGCCCCGCCGCGCGCGCCUCCUAACCCCUGGCCCUACUUGCCUCCCUGGUCUAGAGUUCACAUAGACUUCCUAGGACCGUAUAAAGGUAAAACUUAUUUAGUUUUAAUAGAUUCGAGCUUGAAAUGGCUUGAAAUUAUUGAAGUAGCGCGAACGAAUGCGACUUCCAUUGUUAAGGUGCUGAGGUCAAUAUUUGCAAGAUUCGGUUUGCCCUUAGAACUAGUGUCUGACCAGGGACCGCCUUUCACAAGUAUUGAAUUUAAAAGUUUUUUGAAAAAUAAUGGCAUUCAGCAAAGGUUUUCACCGGCGUACCACCCUGCAUCUAAUGGGGCAGCGGAAAAUGCUGUUAAGCUGUGUAAGAGGGCAAUUAAAAAGGCUUAUAGGGAUGACGUAGAUAUUGAUACCGCCCUACAAACCUUUUUACUAAGCUAUCGCAACAGUAAGCAAAGCACCACGGGUGAGAGCCCAGCGAUGCUGCUGCAGCGACGUUCCUUGCGUUCACGGUUGGAUUUACUUCGCGGUGGGUACGUGGUGCAAGCGCGUGUGCUCGAUGCUCAGCAGCGUCAAGUCGAAUAUGCGGGUGGUGUUCCGCGUAAUUUCUCUUUGGGAGACACCGUCUGGAGUAGGGACUACGGCACCCGGGAUAAAUGGGUCAAGGGCACGGUAGCCCAGAAAGAAGGCUCUGGAAGAUACGUUCUCGACAAUGGUGACGGUCGACUUAUUAAAAGACAUAUUAUAAGACGUAGGUCGCGCUUAUCCGAUGUUACCUGUCCAGAUAUCACUAAUGAGGUCGAUGAAAAGGAUGAGGAUGAGUUUGCAGAUGCGUCUUCAGAGUUGCAAACGGAGGUGGCGGUUUCGGCUGGAAAAGAUGACGUGGAUACCGAGCACGUGGCAGAUACGCAAUGUCCCAGCGAGACUGUACCAGGCCCCGCCACUCAUCCACAACCACCGCCACCGUCGCGGCCAGUGACCCGUUCCAGGCGAAUCCGAAAACCCGUAAUUAAAUUCCAAUGUUAG